AUGGUGCAGGGCGGGCGAGGCCAUCUAGACCUCUCUGGCGAGCUCCCACUGUCCAGGUUUCUGAAGCAGGAAAGUUCAGAGAGCAGCGGUGGGGAGCGUAGGGCGGCGACGAGCAAAGCCCCGCCCCGCCGCUCGCAGGGCGGCCCUGCCUCUCGGUCCCCGCGUGUCCCCCGCCCUCCCAGAGGCGCGCGUUUACCUGCUGGCAGGCAGAGGGAGGCGGGGCGGGAGCGGGGUGCACGCCCGUCCCCGGAGCAGCCGCUGUCAGUCACCGCCGCUGAGCGCCAGCGAGGACGAGCCUGUGGCCCAGGCGGCCGGGUCUCGCGAACCCGAAACGCAGAGCCCACGGCCCAGCAACGCCGAGCCCGACGUCAGGCCCCUCCUGCGGGUCCCGGGCGCCCAUUGGCCUCCAAGCCGCAGGCAGCACGGGUGAGUGAUCGUUAUCAGGGACGCGCAGGGCGGCCCCGGAGCCUUUGUCUCCGCGCCCCUAAGAGCGGGAGACCCCAGCAGCGAGCCUGA